CAGAAGGCAACUAGUUUUAUUAAUCCCCUUCUGCUGCUUCCCCAACCCCAACUUCCUGUGACUUAGGUGUAUGAAAUUUCCAAGUCUAAGCAUAUGUUUGCUCUUUUUCAUGUAAGCAAUAGAGAACUAAAUCUGAACUUUGGAAAAAGUCUGUUAAUGAUUGACAAAUAAUGGAAUUGUCAGGGUGUAGAAGGCAAUGCAGAAUAAAUUAAAAAAGACUGGGGUUGCUGUCACCUGCAAAAAUGUUCCCUCGGCUACUUUGUAUUAAUGAUUAUGAACAACAUGCUAAAUCAGUACUGCCAAAGUCAGUAUAUGACUAUUAUAGGUCUGGGGCAAAUGAUCAGGAAACCUUGGCUGAUAAUGUUACAGCAUUUUCCAGGUGGAAGCUAUAUCCACGGAUGCUCCGGAAUGUUGCUGAAAUGGACCUGUCAACGUCUGUCUUAGGACAGAGGGUCAGCAUGCCAAUAUGCGUUGGGGCUACAGCCAUGCAGUGCAUGGCUCAUGUGGAUGGAGAGCUUGCAACUGUGCGAGCUUGCCUGUCGCUGGAAACUGGCAUGAUGCUGAGCUCCUGGGCCACCUCCUCAAUUGAAGAAGUGGCAGAGGCUGGUCCCAAUACACUUCGCUGGCUGCAACUCUACAUCUACAAGGACCGUGAGGUCACAAAGCAGCUGGUGCGGCGGGCCGAGCAGAUGGGCUACAAGGCUAUAUUUCUGACAGUGGACACACCUUACCUGGGCAACCGCUUCGAUGACGUGCAUAACAGGUUCAAGCUGCCACCACAACUCAGAAUGAAAAAUUUUGAGACUAGUGAUUUAGCAUUUUCUCCUACGGAAAAUUUUGGAGACAACAGUGGCCUUGCUGCAUACGUGGCUAAAGCAAUAGACCCAUCUAUCAGCUGGGAGGACCUUAAAUGGCUGAGGGGACUGACAUCCCUGCCAAUUGUGGCAAAAGGCAUUCUGAGAGGUGAUGAUGCCAGGGAGGCAGUUAAACAAGGUGUGGAUGGGAUCUUGGUGUCGAAUCAUGGGGCUCGACAACUCGAUGGGGUGCCAGCCACUAUUGAUGCCCUGCCAGAAAUUGUGGAGGCUGUGGAAGGGAAGGUAGAAGUUUUCCUGGACGGGGGUGUGCGGAAAGGCACAGAUGUUCUCAAAGCUCUGGCCCUGGGGGCUAAGGCUGUGUUUCUGGGGAGACCGAUCAUAUGGGGCUUGGCUUCCCAGGGGGAGAAAGGUGUCCAAAAUGUCCUUGAGAUACUGAAGGAAGAAUUGCGGUUGGCCAUGGCCCUGAGUGGGUGCCAGAAUGUGAAAGCCAUUGACAAGACAUUGGUGAGGAAAAAUCCUUUGGCUGUUUCCAAGAUCUGA